AGUUGGGGUGUACCACUUUAGAUAUAAACUGUUCACAUGGUCCCAUUGUGAACGCGGUCAGGAGCGCAGUGAGACAGUACGUUCUCCAGAAGAGACCCAGAGAGAUACCCCACAACACUGUAGCAGAGUACAGUCCUGCCGGACCUGCCAUAGCUGGGCCAAGGCAUUGGACCUAGUAACCGCACUGGUACAGCUGGGAGGAUAGUGAGAGAGAGUAGGCUACUGCCGUCUCCAUCCUCUCUGGGACCUGCCUGGCUCAAUGAUGCUGGUGCUGUGGACGGCUGUUCUGUUGGGGUUGAGCAGGUGGUGUCGAGUAGCAGCAGCGUCUCCUGGUGGUGACCCCUGGGCCCAGUGUCCAUCCAGACAGUGUAAGGCCAAGUUUGGAGAUGGGUCAUGUGAUAAAGAGUGCACUGAGCCUGAGUGUCUGAGGGACGGGUUUGACUGUCUGAGGGACAAAGGACGCUGCAAUUCAGGCCACAUCCACUACUGCCGAGACCACUAUGCCAACUCUUACUGUGACCAGGGCUGUGAAAGUGCCGCCUGUGGCUGGGACGGGAGUGACUGUCACAGGCACCACAGCCCUCUGUGGGCUAAGGGUACCCUGCUCCUGCACACCCACGUCCCCCUGCAACACGGCACAUUUUCCAACAGUUCCCUUCUCUGGGCCCUCAGCACCCUCCUGCAGACGCCCCUCAAACUGCGCGGCAUGGUGACCCUUGACCCCAGCARGGACCUCUUCACCUUUAAUCCCCAGCAGCUCGAAAACCUGCUGGCUCAAGCUUCUUCGGAUGACUCAAAUGGUUCUCUCCUAUUCUUGCAAGUGGAUAACAGGCCGUGCUCCCGUCUUCCUUCUACCUGUUUCCCGUACGCCAUCGAAGCAGCUAACUUCCUGCGGGCUGCUACGUCGUCGACUCGUGUGUCGGUCCCCUCUCACCCAGAAUUAAAGGCCAUUAUUAGUGUAAGAGGGGUUGGGGAGGAAAUAGGAGGGAGAGAGGAGGACCCAGUUGAGGAAAAAGAGGAAUCAGCCCUCCACUGGGCAUCCUCAGUUAACCACCUUUCCUUGACAAGAACCCUCACUCGCUACGGUGCUGCGGUGGACCUACAGGACAACAAGGGUGAGACUGCUCUGUUCCUCUCCGCCCUCCACGGUUGCUACGACACCGCCCGGUUCCUGCUCCUGAACGGGGCCAAUCAGGAUCUGUCUGAUCGCAGAGGACGCCGGGCACUGGAUGUUGCCCGAGAGGGCAUGCAUCAUCAAGUCCUGGAGCUCCUAUUGGCUCACAGGGUUCAGAGAGGGCCUAUUCCUAUGGAGCAAGCCAAUGAUAUGCUGUGGGAUGAGCGUGCCUUGCUGUAUAGCCAAUGGGUGAAUUCCCCUGGGCUCCCUGGGAGAAGUGCCUCCUUCUCUGGUGUCAUAGGGCAUCGGGAUAUGUCUUCGCCUCCACCAAGUGAUUGGUCAAUGGGCAGAGUGCAGUGCCCUUCCCCUCAGAACUGGCGGCCACAGCUCAACCAAUCAGCGACCGCAUUGGUUACCCCAAGAAUCAUGGGUCGUCCACCACGGCCAAUCAGCACUCUGCAGGAGGUUACCUCAGAGGACGAAGAUCGUGAAAGGCCCCUGGAAGUCCCGAGAGCAUCGACACCGCACUUCCUGUUACCCCAGCCUGCUCCUCGACAGCGGUCCUUCUCCUGUACCCAGAAUGCACUGCAGCGUCGCUCCAGUUCACAGCAGCCUGAACCGACUUAUGUUGCCUUAUCAGAGAAAAUAGCCAAUGAGCCCAUAGAAAGAGUGAUCAUAGUCCCUCCUACAGAUGCUCCCACCCAUUCAGAUCGCAGAUCAAUAGUCGAUAGUAGCGACAACCCCAGCAGGGCAGCGCCAGAGGUUGAGGCAGCAAGUUUUAAAAAGGCAGACCAGAAAGCCCGAAGUGAGAAGCUAAAUAACCACAUGCCUGACUCUAACCAAACAGCUUUGUAAGGGAGAGGGCUCUGCUGUGAGAUAUCAUGCUGAAAUCACCCCAAAUACCAUCAUGUCAAUCAUGUGCUGUUUACAUUUUCUGUAAAAGGCCCAUUGCCCCUAAAUAACAGUAGAUUCACAGACGGGAUAUAAACUCAGUCAAUAAAUGAGUAACUUAAUUUACUCUAAAUAUCUAAAUCAAUAAACGAUUAAUGUGCA